GGAUUCUGGGUGGGAGGGGGUUGGCGGAGGGUUCCAGAGUGGCAGUAAAGGAGGGAGAUGGCGGGGUGCAGAGUGUCCCUGUGCUGCUGCUGCAGGUGGUGCUGCUGCUGCGGUGAGCGUGAGACCCGCACCCCCGAGGAGCUGACCAUCCUUGGAGAAACACAGGAGGAGGAGGAUGAGAUCCUUCCAAGGAAAGACUAUGAGAGUUUGGAUUAUGAUCGCUGUAUCAAUGACCCUUACCUGGAAGUUUUGGAGACCAUGGACAAUAAGAAGGGUCGCAGGUACGAGGCGGUGAAGUGGAUGGUGGUGUUUGCCAUUGGAGUCUGCACUGGGCUGGUGGGUCUCUUUGUGGACUUCUUCGUACGCCUCUUCACCCAGCUCAAGUUUGGAGUGGUACAGACGUCGGUGGAGGAGUGCAGCCAGAAAGGCUGCCUUGCCCUGUCGCUCCUUGAGCUCUUGGGUUUCAACUUGACCUUUGUCUUCUUGGCAAGCAUUCUUGUCCUGAUCGAGCCAGUGGCAGCAGGUUCCGGGAUACCCGAAAUCAAAUGCUAUCUGAAUGGUGUGAAGGUGCCCGGAAUUGUCCGUCUCCGGACGCUGCUCUGCAAAGUCUUCGGAGUGCUGUUCAGUGUGGCUGGAGGGCUCUUUGUGGGGAAGGAAGGCCCCAUGAUCCACAGUGGAGCAGUGGUGGGAGCCGGCCUCCCCCAGUUUCAGAGCAUCUCCUUACGGAAGAUCCAGUUUAACUUCCCCUAUUUCCGAAGUGACAGAGACAAGCGGGACUUUGUAUCAGCAGGGGCGGCUGCCGGAGUUGCUGCAGCCUUCGGGGCCCCCAUCGGGGGUACCCUGUUCAGUCUGGAAGAGGGCUCGUCCUUCUGGAACCAGGGGCUCACGUGGAAAGUGCUCUUCUGUUCCAUGUCUGCCACCUUCACCCUCAACUUCUUUCGUUCUGGGAUUCAGUUUGGAAGUUGGGGUUCCUUCCAGCUGCCUGGAUUGCUGAACUUUGGCGAGUUUAAGUGCUCUGACUCUGAUAAAAAAUGUCAUCUCUGGACAGCUAUGGAUUUGGGUUUCUUCGUCGUGAUGGGGGUCAUUGGGGGCCUCCUGGGAGCCACGUUCAACUGUCUGAACAAGAGGCUUGCAAAGUACCGUAUGCGAAACGUGCACCCGAAACCUAAGCUCGUCAGAGUCUUAGAGAGCCUCCUGGUGUCUGUGGUAACCACCGUGGUGGUGUUUAUGGCCUCGAUGGUGUUGGGAGAAUGCCGACAGAUGUCUGCUUCGAGUCAAAUCAGUAAUGACUCAUUCCAGCUCCAGGUUACAUCAGAAGAUGUCAACUCAAGCAUCAAGACCUUUUUUUGUCCCAAUGAGACCUACAACGACAUGGCCACACUCUUCUUCAAUCCCCAGGAGUCUGCCAUUCUUCAGCUUUUCCAUCAGGAUAGUACUUUUAGUGCCGUCACUCUGGCCUUGUUCUUCGCACUCUAUUUCCUGCUUGCAUGUUGGACCUACGGCAUUUCCGUGCCAAGUGGCCUUUUUGUGCCCUCCCUGCUGUGUGGGGCUGCUUUUGGACGUUUAGUUGCCAAUGUGCUCAAAAGCUACAUCGGCUUGGGCCACAUCUACUCGGGGACCUUUGCCCUGAUCGGUGCCGCAGCUUUCCUGGGCGGGGUCGUCCGCAUGACCAUCAGUCUCACGGUCAUCCUCAUCGAAUCUACCAACGAGAUUACUUACGGGCUGCCCAUUAUGAUCACUCUGAUGGUGGCCAAAUGGACAGGGGACUUCUUCAACAAGGGCAUUUAUGAUAUCCACGUGGGCUUGCGAGGUGUGCCGCUCCUGGAAUGGGAGACGGAGGUGGAAAUGGACAAACUGAGAGCCAGUGACAUCAUGGAGCCCAACCUGACCUACGUCUACCCGCACACCCGCAUCCAGUCUCUGGUCAGCAUCCUGCGCACCACGGUCCACCACGCCUUCCCGGUGGUCACGGAGAACCGGGGCAACGAGAAGGAGUUCAUGAAGGGCAACCAGCUCAUCAGUAACAACAUCAAAUUCAAGGUACAGCAGCCCGAGGAAAGCUGCAUAGAUGCUGUGGUGGUGUGCCCGUGGCCAGCAAUCCGUGGCCUGCCCGGUAGAAACUUCUGUCCCCAUCACCCUCUGCACGCACAGAAAUCCAGCAUCCUGACACGGGCUGGUGAGCAGCGCCGACGGAGCCAGUCCAUGAAAUCGUAUCCGUCCAGUGAGCUGCGAAACGUGUGUGAUGAGCACCUGCCCUCCGAGGAGCCGGCCGAGAAGGAGGACCUCCUGCAGCAGAUGCUGGAGCGAAGAUACACUCCCUACCCCAACCUAUACCCUGACCAGUCCCCGAGUGAAGACUGGACCAUGGAGGAGCGCUUCCGCCCUCUGACGUUCCACGGCCUGAUCCUGCGAUCACAGCUUGUCACUCUGCUCGUCCGAGGGGUUUGUUACUCGGAAAGUCAAUCAAGUGCCAGCCAGCCGCGCCUUUCCUACGCCGAGAUGGCUGAGGAUUACCCACGGUACCCCGACAUCCACGACCUGGACCUGACGCUGCUAAACCCUCGCAUGAUUGUGGACGUCACCCCGUACAUGAACCCUUCGCCCUUCACCGUUUCACCUAACACCCACGUCUCCCAAGUCUUCAACCUGUUCAGAACGAUGGGCCUGCGGCACCUGCCCGUGGUGAAUGCCGUGGGAGAGAUCGUUGGGAUCAUCACCCGACACAACCUGACCUACGAGUGUCUGCAGGCCCGGCUGCGGCAGCACUACCAGACCGUCUGACGGCUCAGGCGGCCGCGCUGCCACGCGCCAGCCCGCCCUGUCCCAGAGAUGCCUGGGGAGGGGCGGCUCGCUCGUGCUCUGCCGCCGCGGCCGGCUGGGGCUGUUCCAGGACACGGAAGAUUCCCACUCACCCACUCGCUCGGAAAGCCGCCAAUCAUCGAACACCUCGCCAGUCCGCGAUCCUGGGGAUGGUGUCCAACCGCGAGAGCCUGGGCUUGACUGACUUUCUCAGCAAGUAUCUUCCUGUUUCCUGCUCCCCGCUCUCCUGCCGUCCAGCAUGGGCCCCUGCCCCAGGCCCCUCCACCCCGCACAUGCCAGGACCGGAGGGGGCAUCAGGCCUCAGCCACCGGGGAGUGACACCCAGAGCAGUUUUCCUGCUGCCUUCUGCCACUUUCCUAGGGAACCCAGCUGUUGCCUUAAACUGUAACGGGAGGGGCUUUGGCCAAGGCAAGUGCUGGGGUGAAGGCCAGUUGCAAAAUUAAGUGAGUUACCAAAUUGAGGACUGAGGCAUGGAGCUUACCCGCGUUUCAGGGGGGCUUCCUGCGUUGGGACUCUUGACAGGCGCACCAGUUCAUUUGAAGGGGAACACGGCCUCCUGGGGGAGCUGCUGCUCUGGGCCCGCCCCCGUGGUCAAGGGCGCCUCAGAAGCGCCACCCUCCCAGAAGCACAAGUCCCAUGGGUCAUCCCAGAGGGCGAAGUCUGACGAGACCGUCCGGACUUAACUGCCGCCCUAGUUUUUAGCAUUUCGGCUUCUCUCCUGGUGACUCCGUGGUCCGUCCCUCGUCCCUCCCCUCAGCACCGAGUUACUGACUUCCCGUGAGUUCUUACACGGUCUUCCUGGUGAGGCAGCCACAGCCCAGGUGUCUCCCCCCUCUGCACCCCCCCCCAGUUAGCUAAAAGCAGGGCACCCCAUGAUAAAACUGCUUAGCCCAACUCUGGGGAAUGGUACUGUUACCUCUGAGACAGAAGCCAGUCUUGAACCAGUGAGCCCUGCAGGAAUGUCCUGUGGCCGAGAGGCCGGUUUCGGACAGAGCAGAUGGCUUAUUCCAGGAGGAGGGCCUGUGCCCGUCACACCCCUGUCUCACACACCCCUCCCCCCCACUGCUAGCUGUCGCAAGUCCACUGAGGGGCCCGGACAUGGAAACUGUGCUGCGGGGGGGGGGGCAGGGGGAAGGGACACCUGCCAGCACGUGCCCCGAGGCCCGAGCACGACCUCCGGGAAGGAAGCCUCUCUGUCUCUCCGUGACGGCAUCUCUCCAGGCUGGGGGGCCCCUCUCUGACCAGGCCCCCAAAGUGAACACUUGGUGUCGGGUAUUUCCACUUCACUUUCCUCUCAACCUCUGUGCUCGCCCCCUGCUUGCAUCCACACCCUCGGCCUGUCUCCUGCAGCCCUGUGGCAGACAUGCUUGGGGACUCAAGAUGCCUUUCAUUUGCAUACAAGUUUGUGUUGGGUUUUUUGUGUAUAAACUGUGGCAGUUACCCCAGAGCUCGCCCUCUGCCUGGGGCUGACUCCCGUUGCCAGGACUGCCAUGCAGCCUGGGGGUGGGCACCUGUCUCAGCGUGGCCGGCCCAGGUCCUGUGCUCAGCCCGCUCUGCUCCCCUAAGUGAGGGGGCUGCCUCACGAUCUUUCCCGCCUGACUGUACCUCCCCACCCGCACUCCAUCCUUCCCAUUUUCUUAUCUUUUUGACCAAAAAUACUCUGACUUCUAAAUGUUUCAGCUUCCUUGGAUGCAUUUGACCUGUGAAAUGUGGAUGGGACCCCCGAUAAAUAGUAGGGGAAAUCACAAGGACCAAAAAGGCAAGCCCUUCUAAAUACGGUUGUGUUCGGCCCACUGCCACUUUAUUUUAAGGCAGCAUUCAGAGCUUGGCCACGUUAUUUCUUCCUUUUAUGAAGAGGGAAACCGGUUGCCCAAAUCAGGAGAACGUCAGGACUGCCCAUCACAGAAGCUGAUGAAUCCCCUCUUCCCGUUCGUCAGUGAAAUUGGCAGAACUAAGGUCCUGCAGGGGGAUCCUCUGGCCUCCAGGGCUCUGGGGUCACCAGCUGCCUGGCUCAAGGCCGUCCCGGGUGAAUGUGUUUGGAACUUAUCCCUCAUGCACAUCCAGUCCCCACAUACUUCGUUCCCAUUGGAAUAGCCCAGAGGUAGCUGACAGAACGCACGCGCCUCCCUCCUCAUGAACUGACCACACAGCCGCGAGGUCCCAAACUCAGGCCCCUCUGGAAAGGCACGUUGCUUCUUGUCCUCCGUGGGUGUCUGCCCUUACCAGAUAAGCCCAAAGACAACCACUGCCCCACUUGUAACAAAUAACUGGAAGCCUCACUCCUCUGAUAGUUAGAAACCCACGUCCACAUCCCACCUAUUAUCAGCCCCUUCGCCCCUUGGUGGUAACGGUACGUCCGCACACACACAAGCCACAGGGGGCUCUGCGGCUGGCUAGAGAUGGUUUUCUGUGUGCCUGCUGUCUCCCACUGGGUGGUUCACGUUCCCCAGCUGAGGAGCCGGGCAGGUAGGGAGCCAGAGUCCCUCCCAACUGUGGGACCUUGGCACUCGGGAAGGAUUUGCUCAUGACCUUGUUUAACGAACGGUUCCUGGCUGGGAUGGACGCUUGCUUGCUUGACCCAACCAACUGUAGGACGUUUCUGAUGCAAAAUUGUGUACUGAUGCAGCUGUCAGAAAGAAAGCCUCUGGAAAGGCCGGAGGCACCGUCCCAGGCCCCGUGCAUCAAUGUGCAGUAUUACCCACGGCUCCCAACCGUGGCAGGCUUCCUUCUUUCUGUUCGCACUGUUGGUUUAGGUAGUAAUACUAGCUAAUUUUGUUGUGUACAUACAUUGUAUUUUUUUAAUUUGUAAAAUUAUAUUUUUAUUUGAACUUUUGGAACUUGGAAGUUCUCAUUGUAACCGUAACACGUCAGAAUAAAAUGUCUUCAUCUGUCUCCUUU